AUGACGACUAUCCGACCAGCAGGAAAGGCCGGCGUAUGGUACCAGAAAGACCCGAAAGAUUUACGCCCUGAGCUGCAAAGCUACCUAACGGCAGUCCCGGAGAGUUUGGAUGGAGUUGCACUGCCCAUUCCCGGAGCCCGUGUUAUCAUCGCCCCCCAUGCGGGAUAUGAAUUCUCGGGACCGUGUGCAGCUUGGGCUUACAAGACCCUUGACCUGAGCCGUGCCAAGCGAGUCAUCGUCCUUGGUCCAUCUCACACUUACUAUCUCGAGGGAUGUGCAGCAACCACUUUUGAGACAUAUGCGACACCCUUUGGUAAUCUGGAGAUAGACACAGAACUGGCCACUGAGCUCGAGGAUGCAGUAGCAAUGGAGCCUAUGGACAGAAGGGGGGAGGUUAACGAACACUCUCUUGAGAUGCAUAUGCCGAUCCUUUACCUCCGCUGCCAGGAAACCUUUGGCUCACCUGAUAAGUUCCCCAAGAUUGUGCCCGUGCUCGUGGGAAGCAAUAACAGGCGAGAGGAGAAGGCUAUAGGGCGAGCCCUAUUGCCCUACCUCAGAGAUCCUGAGAACGCCUUCAUCAUCAGCUCCGAUUUCUGUCAUUGGGGCUAUCAUUUCAGCUACCUACCUUACUCCCGUACGAAGAGUCCUUCUGAUUUGAUACGGUUGCAAAAAGAUGGCCCCAAACCCAACGGUCCACCCAUCCAUGAGACGAUUAGAGUCAUCGACGAAGCGGCCAUGGACGCCGUCGAGAGUGGAAGCCAUGACGCAUUCCUUGACAGUCUUAAGCAAACACGAAAUACUGUCUGUGGACGCCACCCUAUUGGUGUCGCGAUGGCAGCUCUGGAGUUCAUCCGACAAGAGGAUGCGUUUCAAGACAAGGGGCGAUUCCGUAUCCUCAAAUAUAACCGCAGCAAGUUGGUUGAUAUGCCGAAUGAUAACAGCGUUAGCUAUGUGUCUGCAUAUGCUGUUCUUUGA